AUGAAGCAGCAGCAGCCACCGGUACAACAAACCAUGCUACAGCAGCCACUCGCCACUCGGUACAACAAACUACACCAGCAGCCACUGGUACAACAACAAACCAUACAGCAGCAGCCACCUUCGGCACAACAAACUAUACAGCAGCAGCCACCGGCACAACAAACUAUACACCAGCAGCCACUCGGUACAAAUAAAGUAUACAGCAGCAAGCCACCGGUACAAAUAAACUAUACAGCAGCCACUCGGCAACAAACUACAGCAGCAGCCACUGGUACAACAAACCAUACAGCAGCAGCCACCGGUACAACAAACCAUACAGGCAGCAGCCACUCGGUACAAAUAAACCAUACAGCAGCAGCCACUCGGCACAACAAACUAUGCCAGCAGCAGCCACUGGUACAACAAAUCAUACAGCAGCCACUCGGUACAACAAACCAUACAGCAGCAGCCACUGUACAACAAACCAUACAGCAGCAGCCACUCGGUACAACAAACUAUACAGUAGCAGCCACUGGUACAAACUAUACACCAGCAGCCACUGCACAACAACAAAUUACACAGCAGCAGCCACUCGCAGCAGCCACUGGUACAACAAAUAUACAGCAGCCACCGGUACAACAAACUAUACAGCAGCAGUUACUCGGUACAACAAACUAUACACCAGCAGCCACUGGCACAACAAACCAUACAGCAGCAGCCAUCGGCACACAACAACCACAGCAGCAGCCACUCGGUAGAACAAACUAUACAGCAGCAGCCACUCGGUACAACAAACCAUACAGCAGCAGCCACUCGGUACAACAAACUAUACAGCAGCCACUGGUACAAACAACCACAGCAGCAGCCACCGGUACAACAACCAUACAGCAGCAGCCACCGGUACAACAAACUAUACAGCAGCAGCCACCGGUACAACAAACUAUACAGCAGCAGCCACUGGCACAACAAACUAUACAGCAGCAGCCACUGGCACAACAAACUAUACAGCAGCAGCUACCGCAGAACAAACUACAGCAGCAGCCACUGCAGCAGCCACACACGGCAAGGGGUCAAACUAUACAGCAGCAGCCACCGGUACAAAUAAACCAUGCCAGCAGCAGCGCCACUGGUACACAACAAACCAUACAGCAGCAGCCACCGGUACAACAAACUAUACACCAGCAGCCACUCGGUACAACAACCAUACAGCAGCAGCCACUGGUACAACAAACCAUACAGCAGCAGCCACCUCGCAUAAAUAAACUACAGCAGCAGCAGCCACCGGUACAACAAACUAUACAGCAGCAGCCACUCGCGCCAACAAACUACAGCAGCUACUCGGUAGAACAAACCAGUACAGCAGCAGCCACCGGUACAACAACCAUGGCUGUUACAGCCACCGGCAACAACAAACCAUACAGCAGCAGCCACCGGCACAACAACCAUACAGCAGCAGCCACCGGCAAUAACAAAACCAUACAGCAGCAGCCACCGGUACAACAAACCAUGUGCUGCUGGUUAACAGCCACUCGGCACAACAAACCAUACAGCAGCAGCCACUCGGUACAACAAACCAUACAGCAGCAGCCACUGGUACAACAAACUAUACACCAGCAGCCACUGGUACAACAAACCAUGGGCAGUGGCGCAGCCACUCGCACAACAAUCUAUACAGCAGCAGCCACUCGGCACAACAAACUAUGCUGGCAGCAGCCACCAGCACAACAAACCAUACAGCAGCAGCCACUGGUACAACAACCAUACAGCAGCAGCCACCGGCACAACAACAAACUAUACAGCAGCAGCCACUCGGCACAACAACAUAUGCAGCAGCCACUCGGUACAACAAACCAUACACCAGCAGCCACUGGCAUAACAAACCAUAUGGUAGAGCAGCCAACGGGUACAACACCCAUACAGCAGCAGCCACUGGUACAACAACCACGCUACAGCAGCAGCCACCGGUACAACAAACUAUACAGCAGCAGCCACUGGUUACCCAAACUAUACAGCAGCAGCCACUCGGUACAACAAACCAUACAGCAGCAGCCACUCGGCACAAUCAAUCCAUACAGCAGCAGCCACUGGUACAACAACCAUACACCAGCAGCCACUGGUACAACAAAUCAUACACCCAGCAGCCACCGGUACAACAACCAUACACCAGCAGCCACUCGGCACAACAAACUAUAA